AUGCCGGAAACAUCUCCAAGAAGUUUACCUGAUACUACCCUACUAGAAAAUUCACAAAUUAUUGAUCUUAAAAAUGAAAUUGAUCAAUUAACUCUGCAACUGACCAGUGCACAUAAUGAAAUUAUGGAGUUAAACUUAGAAAAUACAAAUUUAAGAAAAACCCUAGAACAGUACCAGAAAAAAGAAAGUGUUUACAAGAAACUACUCGACAGUCCACUCAAAACACGGCGCUAUUUCCAAAUCCUGCAAAAAAAGAGCCCAAAGAAUACAACUCUAGUAUUAACCAAAAAUCAAUAUUUAAAACAGUUCGUUCUGAAAAACCCAGUUCUGAUCAUACUGUCCAAGAGAAGAAUGAAUGUUCUUUAG